AUGCGUCCUGUACUCAACUGGAUCGAUAAAGUUCCUGAAGAUGAAGGCCACGAAGGCGGUCUAGUCAAAACUACUCGAUGUUGCAUAAACAGCGGUGAUCAAACCAGUUCGGUGGAGCUAGCGCUUGUGAUCGAAGAGGGACACUUGCUGGCUUCACCCAGUUCUGCAACAGUGGAAUGGGCGAUGGUCCCGCCUCGUUGCACUGGCUAG